GAUAAGUGUGAUAUUGAACUUCCAAAUAAUUCUGGAAUUGUUGACAAACAAAAUUGGCAAGAUUAUUUUGGGCCUUUUGCUGGUAGAUCAUAUAUAUAUGCUAUGGAAGGCCCUCCAGAUGUUAAUACAGCAACUCGCACACAGCUUGAGUUAACAGAAGGAAUUGGAAAAACAUAUGGAAAGAGAAUUGUUGAUGAAAGGAAAGUGAAAUUAUUUUCAACUAUAGAAGAAGUGCAGCCUAGAUGUGGGAUACCAUUUCAUGUUGCAAAAAGACUUCAUGUGACACCCCCAAAUCAAGAUUAG